CCUGGGAGCCGGGGGCCUGGAAGCCUGGGACCCUGGGAGCUUGGGAGCCUGGGGGCCUGGGAGCCUGGGAACCUGGGAGCCUGGGGGCCUGGAGGCCUGGGAGCCUGGGGACCUGGGAGCCUUGGGGCCUGGGAGCCUGGGGGCCUGGGAGCCUGGGAGCCUGGGGGCCUGGGAGCCUGGGGAUCAGAAAGCUUGGGAGCCUGGGGGCCUGGGAGCUUGGGAGCCUCGGAGCCUGGGGGCCUAGGAGCUUGA